CGUUCAGAUGACGGCUCCAGUACUACUCGGGAGAGAGUGGUGCAUGUAGAUAUACUUCCCCAUGGCUCCUUUACCUGCAGAGCCAUUUGCUGUUUGGUGUCUUUACCUUCACAGUGCUUGACCAGAGACAUACUGCCUAUUGGAAGAGAGCUCACCAAAGUUGUUACUAGCCUGAAAGGUCACAGGAAUCAUAAUUUUGCUAGCCAUAACAGUGUUCAACGAGGACAUCAUUCCAGACUGCAUAGUCCCCAAUCCUGUGUCCAAAUUUCACUGCUGCUGCUGAGUCUUUGUAGUGCCACAUAGUGUACCGAAGACUGAAGUGCACUCAGGGCAAGAGAGAAUAUUUAAGGAUUUACGUUUUAUUUAUUUGUGGGGAAAAAAAGACGUAGCGUCAAGACUUUGUAUAGCGGGAAUGCAGACGAUAAAGUGUGUCGUCGUCGGUGAUGGGGCCGUGGGGAAGACCUGCCUGUUGAUCUCCUACACCACAAACAAAUUCCCUUCGGAGUAUGUUCCUACGGUGUUUGACAACUAUGCAGUAACAGUGAUGAUCGGUGGAGAGCCAUACACACUGGGGCUGUUUGACACUGCAGGUCAGGAGGACUACGACAGACUCCGUCCCCUCAGUUACCCCCAGACUGACGUCUUCCUAGUGUGUUUCUCCGUCGUCUCGCCCUCUUCCUUCGAGAAUGUCCGGGAGAAGUGGGUUCCAGAGAUCUCUCACCACUGUCCCAGGACUCCCUUCCUGCUGGUGGGGACACAAGUUGACCUGAGGGACGACCCCAACACUGUGGACAAGCUGGCCAAGAACAAACAGCGCCCCCUAUCACCGGAGAGCGGAGAGAAACUAGCCCGAGACCUAAGAGCUGUCAAAUAUGUGGAGUGUUCAGCCCUCACUCAGAGAGGCCUGAAGAACGUGUUUGACGAGGCUAUCCUGGCUGCGCUGGAGCCCCCCGAGACCAAACCCAAGAAACGCUGCUCGCUUCUAUAGAGGGUGUCAGGUUGGGAGUGGGGUGGGGGUUAAGUGUUGGGACAGAGAGGGAGGGCUCCGAUGCGGAGAGGGAACGAAAAGGGUGGGAGGGUGCCGGGGAUGGGGGGGUGGGGUGGGCUGAUAGGUUAACAGACUGCUGUACCCGGGGGAAUGUUGUGAUUAAUACAAUACUAACAGACUCCCCAUUGCUGCGGGGAUAUUUCUUGUUCGGCUGGCGCACAGACACACGCACUGUCUGGCUGACGGGGGCGUGGGAGGAAAUCCUCUGCUAGAGAGAUGGGGGUUAACAAACUGCAAGCGCAUCCAUCAAGUGCCUUAGCGAAAGAGAAGGCGGCAGGGGAGCAGGAUCAGUCCUUUUCCAUGUCGGACCUGGAGCGCGCGCGCGCUCUCUCUCUCUCUCUCGCUCCUCUUCCCUCUUAUCUUCAUUGCCACCAGCGCGGCGACGUCCCUCGCUGCAUCACCUUCUCCUUCUGCCGCCCCACCUUCUCAUUCUCCCUCUUGCGACAGCGGGCCACCCUGCCUGGGCUCUCCCGAGCCGGUCUCCCUUCUUUGCCCCGGCCCUCUCCGCCCCGGCCCUCUCCCCGCCCUUCCCGGUCCCAGCCUGGAUUCGGCUUUGGCAAAGCAUUGACCCCCUACAGGCCAGAGCGCGCAGCACUGCGGCGGGCAGUAAAUAGCGAAAAGAUCACCCCCACGAUUUUGCGUCUUGGGGGCUGCUGUGGGAUAUUUCUAGCCCAAGGUAAACUGUCUGUGACAUUCAGGGAGCUCUGGUCUCGUUCCCAGGAAGGUGGACUGUUAUCGCUUGAGUGAGCUACGCUCUCAUUGUCAGCUAUUGUCAGCUUAUAGUAUGUAUUCUGGCCCCCAUACAUCCACGUGACUUUAACAUCCAUAGGUCUGAAAACUCUUGCAUUUAUCGAGGAUGAUCUUAUCCUCCAUGCACCACAAGAACAAAUUGUUCUCCACACCUUUAUUUAAAAAAAACAUAGUAUACAAGACUGCAGGACUGCUUACUUCAGACGGAUUCUGAGCUGCUGUGUAACAGACAGUUUACGUUUGGGACGAAAAGUACAUUUUCGUGGGUAUUAGAGCCUUUUUGAUGGUUGCUAAGGAUUUGAGGACAAACUGUACAACAUGGUGGAUGGCACUGCCAGUAGGAGACAAGGGGUGAUUUGAGACAUCGCCUUAAUUUCUUUUUGCAAUGCUGCCACCAAGUGUUGACUAUUGGGACUGCAGGUAUUUUUUUCAUAAUUUGCUACCCUCUAGUGCUGAAAUGAGAGAACUGAAUAUUUUGUUAUGUUGUAUUAAUAUAUAAAUAUUUUCUUUUACCUUUUGGGGGGUUUUGUGGCUGUUGAUUUGAACUUGAGUUUUUUUUUUGUUGUUGCUGUUUUACUGUGUGUUUGUAUAACUUUCUGGUUGAGAGUUAUUAAGAAAGGAGUAACAUUAAUAUAACAAUGACAAUAAUAAUGAUAGUUUCAUAUUUCAUUUCCUGGGUGAUUGUAAUCAAGGAUAUUUUUAAUAAAAAAUG